UCAUCCCACCGCCCGCCUCCUUCCCCGACCGUAGCUCCCCACCACCCGCGCUCGAAAAAUUCGAGGCGCCCACCCGUACUGCCCCCAUCUUUCACCUACCCCGCGUCCAAAUCCCACCUCCGCCGGCGCCUGGAGCUCGCCACCACAUAGGCGCCGCCUCCCGCGAACGUGGAAGCCCGGCGGUGCCCCUCCUCCCAGCUCGCGCGCCGCCCAUCUCCGCCUCCCAUCCCAUCCCCUGCAGUACGCCCGCCACCGCUCCCAAACCCUGCACCUGGCGUGCCGCCCUCCCCUUCCCAGCAGCUUGCGCGGAUCAAUUUCCCUCCCCUGCAGCUCGCACGACGUCUAUCCUUGCUCCCCCACUUAGUCUCGACCGGCGGCGCCCUACAACGCGGUUGCAAUCCGAACCGUCGAGCUGGAGGCCUCCUCGCCCCAGCGGUUCUCCUCAUCGCUGCUCAGGACCUCGGCGGCCUGGCCCUCCCGAUCUGCGCCGACACCACAGAGGAGGUUCGCUGCUGAGCGCCCCUGCUACGCCGCAACACGCCAGUAAUCUAGUGAUGGCAGCGAAACUACAGGGGCAACACGAGGAAGUUCGCUUCCGCUUUCCCUUGUUUCUCUUUUAUUUCUUCUUGAACAGUGCCUCCACAAAUGCUAGUCCGGCCUCCAUCUCUCUUGAUCUGUGUCCAUGGUGGCAAGGCCCUGGUUCCGGCCUAGAAUUUCACUUCAUUUUUGGAUUGAUUUGCUGCUGGUUGAUUUUAAAAUUGUUGUUGAGGUUGUAUUGCUUCUAAACUACCUCAGGGGAGCACAAGGUCAUUCUCGAUUUGUUGCCAUGCUGGUGGAGUCCAGGAUAAGUUCAGAUGUGGGAGCCCACUGGUUGCCACUGGGGGAGUUCACGAGUAAUCGGACAAACGAGCUAUACUCUCUUGUGACCCCUCAAACGAGCUCCAUCGGGAAGUUCAAUGUGUCAGCUGCCAGGAGUACACCACUCUUCGUUUGUAAGUCCAUCGUGCCCCGCUCAGUUUGCCAGUGCUUCUUUCAUUGUCGACCAUAUGCAGUUGCUCCUGUCCAUAUGAGGUCCAAUCCUUCUAACCGUACCAAGUCAAAUGCUGAAAAUAAUCUGUGAUGGGCCCUUCUGGCCACUCCAAACAAGAUGAAACAGUAUGUUUCUAUGUUCUUUGUGAUAGUUUUUAAUGCCAAUUGAUUUUUUGUUGGCACAUACUAUUGUUGUUAACCUUUUCCAUUUAGACAUAUUGGCUUAUAUUCUUCAUCUUAAAUAAGUAUAUGACUAAGCUGAACUACGAAGUUAGCACUACUGUGCCCUGCAGUUUUUAUUUACAUGGAAUUGGUCAAGAACUUUAGUAAAACAUCUUGAAUUUCUCCCUGAAGUACUAGUACCUACAGUAAUAAUACUACCACCUUCCAAAUUUAGAGAAGUUCACUAUAGCAAAGUUGGAAAUUCAUCAUAUGCAUCGUGUCUAGUUAAAAAUCAUAGACUGCAGUUGCGAAGUUCUCUCUCAUAAAGUUUGCAUUUCCUUGUCAUGAAGUUCACUUAUUUUAUCACGGAAAUUCAGUUCGUUUUAUUUCGUCUCCUGUUAUGAAUUUUUAAAGGUUAUUGCGAGUAUCCAAACUCAGAGAUGUAUCACCUUGUUUCUUUUUUCAUGGGGACUCAAGUGUGUUGCCACUACAAAUUCCUGUGGUGUCCCAAUCUCAAAUUCUGCUGAAAUUCCUUAGAAACAUUGUAAAUGCUU